AUGAGCACGUCGGCGCAGGAUAUGAACAAAUUGAAGGGGCUGGACAAAAUGGUGCAGGUUCUGAAUAUAUACGGGUCGGAGGACGAGGUGAUCCCGCCAAAGGACAAGCACAUGUACCACGAGGUGCUGGGACAGCGCAGCGAUCUGAGCGUCAUUGAGCAGGCGGGCCACAACUUCUAUGGUCUGACGGUGUACGACGACCCGGAAAGCACCGAGUACACGCUUGGCGACGGCACGGUGACGAUCCACGGGACAACUUAUCCGCUGCACCGGCGCAGAAAGGUGAUCGACUACACCGGCGAGUUCAGACAGCGCGUUCUGCAGUGGCUUUCGCCGCAGCAGAGCUGCGAGCGGUUCUACCGCAACACGCUGUACAUCGACGCACACACGCCACGCUGGGUCGACGUCGAGGGCAUUGCGAAUUUCCGCGACCUGGUACGGCCACCUGGAACUGGCACAUGCCACCAACUUCCACAUCCCGGCGUUCGACUCGAACCUGUCGCCGUCGCAGGCCACCAGCCACUACCUGUACCUGCUCACGUGCUGGUCGACGUAUCUGCAGGUGUACAAGGACGUUCUGGCGACGGGCACGGGCGCAUUUCGGACGAUUUUCGAGUAUCUGAGAGACAACCCGGGCUGCCCGAUCCUGUUCCAUUGCACGGCGGGCAAGGACCGCACCGGGGUGGUGGGGAUGCUGCUGCUGCUGCUGGCGGGCGUGGACCCGUGGAUCAUUGCGCGCGAGUACGAGCUGACGACGAUCGGGCUGCGGCCGGACCACGAGCACAUCCGGGCGAAGUUCUACACGGCACUGGAGAAAAUGUCCGAUACGCGGGUGAAACAGCAGCUGUUCGAGACGGUUGCGCGGGGGAGAACGAAUUUCAGCGUGCACGAGGACGGGUUCAGGAACCUGAUCAGCAGCCGGUACGAGGCGCUGCGCGCGACGAUCGAGUGGGUGGACGAGAAGUACGGCGGGGUGGAGCGGUAUCUGCGGGAGCAGGUGGGGGUGGAGGAUCCGGAGCAGGUGCGGGCGCAGAUCGUAGUGAACAUGGCCUAACCCGGGCUGUGCAAAGGUGGCACCGGGGUUGCCUAUACCGGCGAAAAUUCUAUUGUUUGGGCGUAUUAAAAAAUUUUCACCUCGAAGCUGGGUUAGUCACCAGGCAAUAUAAAUGGUGGGGCAGUCCUGCAGGUGGUAAUUAA